GAUGACUUGCACAUUUUCAUGCAAAGCUGCAGCUGUAUAUAUAUGGCUGCAAGAGCACUCAUACUCACAUGGAGAGUGGACAUCACGAGUUGACUACACCUAUAAGUGAUUAUCGUCGAAAUUGUGCAAUAAAACUUUCAUUUCAGUUUGGUAGAGCGCGGCGAGGGGGUACAUACAGUAACUCACGUGCAGUGAAUCCUGGAAAACAUGUCGCGACCUAUAAAGAAGAUUGUGAAAGGGAGUUGGCAGAAUGAAGGAAAUGGAGCUAGAGUUCUCCGCUCCAUUGGUGGGUCGCAGUUAAGAAACCUGGAUCCCUUCCUGAUGCUUGAUGAAUUUUGUGUGACAUGGCCAGCAGGCUUUCCUGACCACCCUCACCGAGGAUUUGAAACGGUAACAUACAUGAUAUCGGGUGCAACAGAACAUGAAGACUUUGUAGGGCACAAAGGGGUAAUAAAAGUUGGAGAUGUGCAGUGGAUGACUGCAGGUAGAGGCGUGAUGCACAGUGAGAUGCCUCAUGGAGACAAAGAGGCCAUUGGACUGCAGCUUUGGGUGAAUCUGAAAAAAACUGACAAGAUGGUGCAGCCAUCAUACCAAGAACUUAAAGAUGCAGACAUUCCGAAGGUCACAAGUGAAGGUGUCACUGUCAAGAUAAUUGCAGGAGAGACCAUGGGAGUGAAGUCUCAAGUAAGAACGCUGACUCCAAGCUACUAUUUUGACAUUUCGAUGGAAAAAGGGGCGCACAUGAAACUACCUUUGCCGAAAGGCUGGACCACGUUUGUUUAUACGCUCACUGGAACUGUACAGUUUGGACCAAGUGCACAGGUAAAGGAAGUAGAAGAGCACAGUACAGUCGUGUUUGAAGAUGGGGAGAUGGUGGAAGCACAAAAUAAGGGAGAUAAACCAGCUCGGUUUGUGCUGCUGAGUGGCCAACCUAUAGGGGAACCUGUGGUGCAGCAUGGACCAUUUGUGAUGAACACUGCAGAGGAUAUACAGGCGACAAUCAAGGAUUACCACAAUACCACGAAUGGCUUUGAGAGAGCCCGAAAAUGGAAGUCAAGAUCUGGUAACAGACUGCUACAGAGUUCUUAAAGUUUUACGAGUUGUAUUUAUACUUUGUACCACUCUGAAGGUGUUUUUACUAUUUUCACUGUUUUAACAUUAGCCCAAGGUAGAGGUUGCAUCAUACCUUGUGAUGAGAAUUCUGGUUGGAGUUCCUUGAUUGAUAUUCGGUUGCAUUCAAGCGAUUCGUGAUUGAUUGAUUAUAAUUGGUUAAUCAUGAUGAUCGGGAAUAUUGAAUGGGUAAUACUAAUAUAUAUAGCUGGCACAUGUACUAUUUAUUUCACUUCACCUAUUACUAAGAGAUCUAUUACAGCAUUUCUGUUGCAUUGGUUUAGUGUAAUCCUCAUUAUAAUCUCCAAACCUCCUCAACAUGUUUCAGGUGGUAGGGCUGCCAGCGCUUUAUUUUGUUUUCCAUUCUUAAAUUUUUAUAUAGCCCUGCAUUAUUGAGUGGUGAUUUUUCGUUUUAUAUUCGAUUAAAAAAUGGCUGCAUGGAUGUUUGGUGACUAUCACAUUAAAUUUUGAAAAUUUAGCAUGACGAUAGAGUAGGGGCAAGUAUUGCACACGAAGUUUGUCAGUGCAUUAGCGUUGUCUAACAUGACGUAUAUAUAGGAGGGACAUCUAUAAAGGUUAAACGAUACUGUACCCAUUGAUAUUACAUAGUAGUUAAUCAAUAUUUUGUCAUGUCAAUUAAAUGCGAAUCUGUUAAGUGAGGCUUAAACGAGGCAUGCUGUAGAUGUUUGCUGUCUUCAAUUAAACCAAUUUAAAUGUGUCCAUUUAUGAAAAAACAAAACAAGCUCCACUGACUUGCAUUGGCACAUUAUAAUCAUGUAAAUUCAAUGUAAAAUUUGCUACGAAAUACUGGUAAUAUUCCAUCCCAAGUGCACUUUUCAAGUAGUUAAUCAACUAGCAUAAACGAAUUAUUUGUAUAUAAAUAUAAAAUGUUGCACAGCAAGUUGGAUCAUUGCAGUUUACGCUAGCAUAGAAUCUAUGUGUGGGUGGGUAAGAUAUUUUUAACGAAUCCGGAUAGCUUGUAGACUGUCUGUAUGAUAACCAUGUGGAAAUAAAAACUCAUAUUCAUUUAUAAGUGUGGCAGAAUA